CUACCUGCUAUCCUAGCUAGCUAGUAGCAGCUGCGACUACUAUAAACACCUUAUCCUCUCUUUGCCUCUCCACUGCAUGCCUCGCUAUCUCCUCCUCCUUUCCAAGCUAUACAACUCUGCAAUGCCCAGGGCACCUUAGCCGAGUCCCGAUUGGUGGCGAUAAGGUUGUUGCAGUGCACUGCAGCAGACUGCAGUGCAGAGAGAGCUUGCUUAGCUUGGGGCGGCGGCAGCAGCCAUGGCGCCCAAGGCAGGGAAGGCCAAGCUCAAGGCCAAGGGAGACAAGAAGAAGAAGGAAGAGAAAGUGCUGCCCACCGUGCUGGACGUCACCGUUGAGACGCCGGACUACACGCAUCUCACGCUCAAGGGCAUAUCGACGGACAGGAUCCUCGACGUCCGGAAGCUCCUGGCCGUCCACGUGGACACCUGCCACCUCACCAGCUACUCCCUGUCCCACGAGGUCCGUGGGGCCCAGCUCAAGGACACGGUGGAGAUCGCCUCCCUCAAGCCAUGCCACCUCAGCAUCGUCGAAGAGGACUACACGGAGGAGCUCGCCGUCGCGCACGUGCGGCGGCUGCUCGACAUCGUCGCCUGCACCACCGCGUUCGGGGCCAAGAAGACCGAGCCGAAGCCCUCGUCACCCGAUGCGGCCGCGGCCGCGGCCGAGUCCGCUAAAACCGGGUCGCCCGGUAAGACGGCGCCCGGCGGCGGUGAGGAGCCCAUGUACCCGCCACCGAAGCUGGAGCAGUUUUACGAUUUCUUCACGUUCUCGCACCUCACACCGCCGCUGCAUUACAUUAGGAGGUCGUCUCGCCCAUUUGUUGAUGACAAGAGAGAAGACGACUUCUUCCAGAUCGAUGUGAGAGUUUGUAAUGGGAAACCAGUGACCAUUGUGGCAUCCCAAGAAGGAUUCUAUCCUGCAGGGAAGCGUGCACUCAUCAGCCGCUCCCUUGUUGGACUGUUGCAGCAGACAAGCCGUGCAUUUGAUGGAGCCUACAAGUCUCUGAUGAAGGCAUUUGUCGAGCACAACAAGUUUGGAAAUCUUCCUUAUGGAUUCCGAUCAAACACAUGGGUAGUUCCCCCUGUUGUUGCCGAUUCACCAUCAGUGUUCCCACCUCUCCCAACUGAAGAUGAAACCUGGGGUGGCAGUGGUGGUGGUCAAGGAAGAGAUGGAAAGCACGAUCAUAGACCAUGGGUGAAAGAAUUUUCCAUCCUUGCUGCAAUGCCUUGCAAAACAGCUGAGGAGAGGCAAGUCAGAGAUAGAAAGGCUUUCCUACUCCACAGUUUAUUUGUGGAUGUUGCAGUCCUCAAAGCUGUUGCAUCUAUUCAGCAACUGAUUUCCAACCAUGCGAGUUUACAUGAAACAACAAAUGGCACCAUCGGUUCUGUUUUGCACACCGAGCAAGUAGGUGAUAUGAAAAUAAUGAUCACAAAGGACAAAACAGAUGCAAGCUCCAAGCUAGAUGUUAAAUUGGAUGGAAGUCAGGCUCCAGGGAUGUCUUCUGAUGAGCUUGCUCAGAGAAACUUGUUGAAAGGCAUCACUGCUGAUGAGAGUGCAAUAGUACAUGACACAGCCACUCUUGGUGUGGUUAUUGUAAAGCAUUGUGGGUAUACAGCUGUUGUCCAAGUUCCAGUAAAUACUGAACUGACAACUUCUGUCGCACAACAGGAGAUCCACAUUGAAGACCAGCCUGAAGGAGGUAGCAAUGCUCUUAAUGUCAAUAGCUUAAGGAUGCUGCUUCAUAAAUCAUGUGCUCAAGUACCUGGAGUUCAACGGUUGCAGACCAGUGAUCCUCAAGACAAUGCGACUACUCAAACUUUUGUCCGGAAGAUAUUGACGGACAGCCUGCAGAAGCUUGAAAGUGAGGCUCCGAUAGUAACAAGACCUAUCAGAUGGGAACUUGGUGCUUGUUGGGUACAACAUCUACAGAACCCAACUUCCGAAAAGACAGAGACUAAGAAAAGUGACGAGACUAAGGAUGUCCCUACAGUAAAGGGUCUGGGUAAACAAUUUGGUCAGUUAAAGGAGAUAAAAAAGAAGACAGAUGACAAGGGUGGAAAAAAUACAUAUGUAAAAGAAAACACUUCACCUAAUACAGAUAAUGGGCAUACAGACAACACUGCCAACAUAAAGGAUGAUAAGGAUGUUGUUCUUCAGAAACUGCUUCCAGAAGCAGCUUUCCAAAGGCUGAAGGAAUCAGAAACUGGACUUCAUGCUAAGUCACUGGAUGAACUGAUUGAGAUGUCACACAAGUAUUAUGAUGAUACCGCGCUGCCCAAAUUGGUCGCAGAUUUUGGCUCACUUGAGCUUUCCCCUGUUGAUGGAAGGACAUUAACAGACUUUAUGCACACUAGGGGCCUCCAGAUGCGGUCACUGGGACGAGUGGUUGAGCUUUCUGAUAAGCUUCCACAUAUACAGUCCCUGUGUAUACAUGAGAUGGUAGUUCGAGCAUUUAAGCACAUUGUUCGGGCUGUUAUUGCAGCUGUUGAUGAUGUAAAUGACAUGGCAGACUCGGUUGCAUCAUGUUUAAAUAUUUUGCUGGGACCAUUCCUGGAGGAAAAUAAUGACGGUGAUUGUGGUGAGGAUCAUAAUCUCAGGAAAAGGUGGCUGGAGGUCUUUUUGAUAAAGAGAUUUGGUUGGAAGUGGAAAGAUGAAUAUUGUCUUGAUCUAAGAAAAUAUGCCAUUCUCCGUGGUCUCUGCCAUAAGGUAGGACUUGAGUUAGUAACAAAAGAUUAUGACAUGGAUAUGCCACAUCCAUUCAGAAAGUCGGAUAUUAUCAGUGUUGUUCCUAUCUACAAGCAUGUUGCAUGCUCAUCAGCUGAUGGCCGCACCCUGCUGGAGUCAUCCAAGACUUUCCUGGAUAAAGGGAAACUUGAGGAUGCUGUUAACUAUGGCACAAAGGCUCUUGCAAAACUUGUUGCUGUUUGUGGUCCUUAUCAUAGAAUGACGGCAGGAGCGUACAGCCUUCUUGCAGUAGUGCUUUAUCAUACUGGGGAUUUCAACCAGGCAACCAUCUAUCAGCAGAAGGCUUUAGAUAUUAAUGAGAGGGAACUUGGACUUGACCAUCCAGAUACAAUGAAAAGCUACGGAGAUCUUGCUGUUUUCUACUAUCGUCUGCAACAUACAGAACUGGCAUUAAAGUAUGUCAACCGUGCCCUAUAUCUUUUGCACCUUACAUGUGGCCCUUCUCAUCCUAACACCGCUGCAACUUAUAUCAAUGUUGCAAUGAUGGAAGAAGGGUUGGGCAAUGUCCAUGUUGCACUCCGUUACCUGCACGAAGCUCUAAAAUGUAACCAACGGUUGCUUGGCGCUGAUCACAUACAGACGGCAGCAAGUUAUCAUGCUAUUGCUAUUGCUUUGUCUUUAAUGGAAGCAUACUCAUUGAGUGUCCAACAUGAAAAGACUACUCUACGGAUACUUCAAGCAAAGCUUGGAUCAGAGGAUCUUCGGACCCAGGAUGCUUCUGCUUGGCUGGAAUACUUUGAAUCCAAGGCACUAGAGCAGCAGGAAGCAGCACGUAAUGGUACUCCAAAGCCUGAUGCUUCAAUAGCAAGCAGAGGACAUCUGAGUGUAUCAGAUCUUUUGGAUUAUAUCAACCCGGAUGAUGAACUCAAGGCUAAGGAAAUGCAAAGGAAACAAGCCCGUGCUAAGAUCAAAGGUCGCAUUGGGCAAAACCACUCUGAACUUGUUGAUGAUGAAGAUCGAAGGAGCCCCCCACCUAAAAAUGAUAAUUUGUUAACCGAGAAUGAAAACUCUGGAGUAAAAGAGAAUGGAACCUUUGUUGAGUAUGUGAAAGUGAAUGAUAAAAUAUCAAGUGACACUGCAAUCCGCAUACCUCAAGAUGAUUUUACUGAAGAGUACACAUCUGAUGAGGGGUGGCAAGCGGCUGUUCCAAAGGGACGAUCCACUGGAAGCCGCAGAACUGGUGCAGGCACGAGGAGGCCAAAUCUGGCAAAAAUUAAUACUAAUUCACUACACAGUGAGAAUGGAAGAUACAAAGGAAGAGGUACAUCCAACUUCUCUUCCCCUCGAGUUUCACCUAGUGAGGCUACAGUUCCUAUGGGUUCUAGUCCUCUUGCGAAGAAAUUAGCGAAGAGUUCAAGCUUCAAUUCCAAAGCAGGUAGCCCUUCUGUCUCAUCGAACAGUGGUGAUAAUUCUUCCAAUCCCAACUCCAAGCCAGCAAGCCCUGCCAUUGCCACAGCUGCUGUCAAGGUGAUACCAUCCACAGCACCAAGUGCCAGUCAAACAGUAAGGAAGUCACUUUCAUACAAGGAGGUAGCAAUAGCUGCACCAGGGACUCUUGUCAAAGCAUUUAGUGAUGUACACACAGAAGAAAAAGAUGCAGGUGGCCGAGGUGCAAGUCCUGAAAGUGCCAAGUCCCAAAAAGAAAUCAAUGGUCACCCUUCUGGAGAGAAAGAUGGGGCAAUAGAAGUGUCACCAAAGGCUGAUACUUCACAAGUGACUAAAUCAUCUGAUGGAGGUAAACCAGAGCAAACUGAUGUUUUGAUUGGUUCAAAUCAACCAGAAACAGGACAUAAAAAGACCUCAGAUCCAGCAGAGACAUCUGUAGCACAGAAGUACACAGAUCUUCCUGCCCCAGUCACAUCAUCUGCAGCACAAACUGAGGAGGUUGGCACCCCAAAUGAGGAAGCACCAACUGUAAUUGAGGCAAAUGAUUCUUCCUCCAAUGACGAUGAAAGAGAUUCAGGAGAGGAUACACCAGGACAGCUGUCGAGUGGAGGUGAAAAUGAGAAAUCUUCACUAUCUGAGAGUGAAAAGAAUGAUACACCAAGAGAAGGUGCUAAAGAGACAAGUAAACUUUCUGCUGCUGCGGUUCCAUUCAAUCCAUCCACUGUACCAGCUUUUGGUUCAAUGGCUGUCCCAGGUUUCAGAGAACAUGGAGGGCUGUUGCCAUCACCAGCUAAUGUGCCCCCUAUGUUGUCCAUCCCUCUACGUAAGCACCCUCACCAAUCUGCAACUGCAAGGGUACCUUAUGGUCCACGUCUGGCUGGAGGCUACAAUAGAUCAGGGCACCGAGGACUUCGUAAGAAGCCUGUGUUGACAAGUGGUGAAGCCCCUACAGAAACAAACACGUCUGCCCCCAAGGUUAUGAACCCUAAUGCCCCGGAGUUUGUUCCAGGUCAAUCUCGGAGUCCUAAUGGUCAUCCAGCAUCUCCAAAUGGUCCUUUAUCAUCACCAGGUGGUAUUCCAUCUUCACCACAAGACCUUCUAUCAUCUCCAGAUAGUACUGUGGAGUCACCAGUAACUCCAUCCCCACAAGUUUCUGAAUGUAGCCAGAUUAGUCCUGAAGGAAAUGAUGCAUCUAGUGGAAUAAAUGUUGAGGGUGGGGGUGUAAAGCAGAACGUGGAUGACACGAACCACACAAAAAGUAAAGAUGGUGAAGUGGAGCCUGAUCAAACCAAAGCUCCUGAAGUUACAGAAGAAGGGGCGGCGGUAAAAGAUGCUACUGAAGAGUCGAUUGCAGCCGAGCAGCCCAAAUCCUGGGCUGACUACAGCGAUGGAGAGGCUGAGGUCGUUGAGGUUGCAAGCUAAGGAAAAUACAACCUUAUCAGAUAGCCAACACAUUCAGAAAUUUUUACUCGAACAGAUGAGCAUCUCUUCUUCUCAAUAGAUGCUGCCGUUUUUUUGGAUAGAAUUAAUUGCUUUCCAGUGGCACUCCGUGACCUUUGGUAUUUGGAAUUUUGAAGACUUUCCAGUACGUCCACCGCCCAUGUUUCAUGCUGCUUUUUUUUUGCUGCGAAGAAUCUUGAGGAAGAAGAGCACCUCAAAGUAUCAGCAAGAGAGAUGCGUCGUUAACGUUUCGUCAUUUCCUCAUCUUGCCCGUGAUUUUUGUCCCCUUUUCGAAUGUACUGUCGACUUAACGUCUUCAUAGUUAUUUCUUUGUUAUAAAAUAGACUUUUUGAAUCAUGUAUAAAAUAUAAAGAAAGUGGUGUUGUAUUUCCACACUUGCGGUUAAUCCGUCCGAGCUGUAUAGCAUCGAGAUCGAACUAAAGAAAGGUUCCUAUUGAAUUUCGCUUUUAAUUCUAGCUA